UGCAAGAGUUUGAGGAAGAGCCUACGGUAGCUACAAGUAGCCUGACUGUUAUCCAUGUAUGCUGUUACAGUAUCUACCGAAACGUGAUCUAUUUUGAUAUUUGUUCACUUUCAUUGAUAAACUGCAGCAAGAUAACCUAAUGUGACGACCAGAGCUAGCUUAAUAUAUAUGCCUAGGCGAUAUGGCAGAAAUGCUGGAUCCUGGGUCGUUAAUAGUAGCUGAUUGGCAUCGAUCCUUAGAGAGCAAGGACUUUUUUGGUCGAAUUCUGUUCAAGAAAAGACGCAGACAAUUUGGUCUUCUAGAGGCUCCAGUGAUGCCUCCCAAUAUUGCUGUGGACACAGCCCACUACAAGGUCUUCCUCUCUGGGAAGAGCGGAGUGGGCAAGACGGCGCUUGCUGCGCGUCUGGCUGGACUGAACAUUCCCAAGUUGCACUACGAAACAACAGGGAUUGAAGCCACGGUGAUUUAUUGGCCUGUGAAGCUGAGAGAGAGUGGCCGUGUGCUCUUCUUCCGCUUGCAGCUGUUCGACUGUGGGGAGAACGCCUUGCGUAGAUUUGACCAUUUGCUUCCGUCCUGUAAGGAACAGGUGGACGCCAUCCUCUUCCUCUUCUCGUUUACCGACAGAGCCUCGUUUGAUGACCUGACCAACCAGAUUGCCAAGAGCCGGUCUGAACCCUCAGACAGAGCAGUCCGACUGGUGGUUGGAACAAAGUUCGACCUCUUCAUGCACACGGACGUGACGCAGAGCGAGGUCGGCAGCUUCCAGGAGGUCCUGGGGCUGCCCGUGUUCUGUGUGGGGGGGGAGGUCAGCGACGGGCUGGGUGAGGUGGCACCCCUCCUCAACUGCUUGGCUGAGCAUCUGUGGCAUCAGGACUGUGAGGCAGCCAGCAUGACCACCACCGUCCCCUCACAGCCAGGACUGUGAGGCAGCCAGCAUGACCACCACCGUCCCCUCACAGCCAGGACUGUGAGGCAGCCAGCAUGACCACCACCGUCCCCUCACAGCCAGGACUGUGAGGUAGCCCCCACGACCACCACCGUCCCCUCACCGCCGGGAAUGACGAGUAUGGGCUAAAUGAACUGAACUGCUUUGGUCAGUUGGACUACAGUGUACACAUCGCAAAUGGUAACCAGAGGGGAUAAAGGAUGACCUCUCAGAGCAGCAACAGAACAUUUAUGAUAAGAGAUGACAUGCAGUUUUGAUGGUUGGUAGGUUUGCCAGUGAACCACCCAAUGUCAUAAAGGUAUUUGUUAACAAUGUACUUUAGAGAAUUAAUUCAAAUGUAUAUUGAACCAGUAACACAUUUCCAACUGCACACAUCUG